AUGUCGUCACAAGAUCCUCUUAAUCGGUUUGUUAUAGGGUAUCCGAAGCUGUCUGCGCAGAUGGAGAUACUACCUGAGCUCGCUGUAUUCCGCAGGUUUGGGGCUCUCAAUGCUCAAAACCUGUUGUACAUGCAGGCUGAGCUCACGUAUUUGGAGAACAAGCUACGAGAACGGCAGCUGGCCGAUCAUAUCGAUCCAUCGGGAAAGAGGGCAGCAUUUGCUCUGAAUUGGUUCUGGCUGCGUGAAUCCGAGAAUGCUGGUACAGGCGAACAACUGGAGCUGGUCAUGAGAAUUAGGGAAACACUCAAAGAGUAUAGUCUGACUACGGCAGAUGAUGCUUUAGCACAACAAGCCAAGAUUCUCAAGUACCCUCGGCCUAGCACUUGGGAUCUCCACCACAUCCAAAACUAUCUACAGUCUGCAGAAAUGGGCGAAAAUGCGUUGAAUGGAGCCGACGCGGAGAUAUGGGGCUCUGCCUACAAUCGCAAGUCCUACAAGCCAGAUCUGGUGACUCUAUGUCCUCGCGCAAAGAAAGACGCCUUUUCGGCAUGGGCUGCGGAGAGUACCAUCACCAACCUCUUCAGGUGUGGCUGUGCUCGUAUCAUGAAGCCUUCUCGCGUCCAUGGAGUGGUCGGCUACGAGGAUAGCACUAUUUAUCGCAUUACCUAUUGGAUCACCAGUAUACUCGCAUCUCUCAUACCGAUAGCAUCCAUCGCAGUGCUGUACCGCGUCCAGUCCAUGACUGCACGACUGGGAAUCAUUGCUGGGUUCAAUGUUCUGGUUUCUAUUUGCUUGAUGGGUUUGGCCAAUGCGAAACGCGCCGAAAUGUUUGCUAUCACAGCUGCGUGA